AUGUCCAGCUCAAACCCUAAAUCAUUAUAUAAUCAACCUGAUUAUAAUGCUGGCAGUAGUAAACAGCAGGCUGCUCGAAAGCCAGAUGAAAUAACUUCAGCUGGCUUGAUCCCGCCUCCACCUUAUUCUGCUGGUCAAUCAAGCAGAAAUUCUGAGGAGGGAGACAGCUCUGUCUAUGGCUCUGUUAGAAGCAGCAUUGAGCAACAGCAGCACGGCCUAUUGGCACCUGCUUCGCCAAGAAAUGCCAGUCAAACAGAUGUUCCUCCUCCUGCUCCUACUUCAAAGAGAAACUGGAAUCCUCAUUCGGAUUAUCAGCCAUUGCCUACUUUACAGUCGUAUGAUGCAGAAGCUGGUGCUGCUGCACCUUCCUCUUGGUUUGCGAGACGUAGAGCCUAUCAAGACCCAGGAUGCUGCAGAAAGUGGUGCAAAUACAUCAUUGCAGCCCUGUUGCUCUGGCUAGUGAUUUACAUGUACAGUGGCAAGCUCACAUUCUCCGCUCCACAUCAUGGUGAGAGAUGCAACAGGGACUCUGUUCAAUGGAAGGACAUGCCUGACACUAUUGACUUUGAGGACAAUGUCGAGCUGGUUAUUGAGGGUCGAGUCUCAAACGGGCUCGUCACCGUUAUUCCCUUGGGAGAUCGACACGGAGGCACCAUCUUGACUGAUGUUAAAGUCUAUCCUCCAUCUCUGCAAAAAUACAUGUCGUUUGAUGUACAACAGUAUGACAACAAUGGCGACACUACCAAGCUCACAAUACACAUGCCUCAGCAAUUCGAGGAUGAAAAUGAAGAUUGCAUUAAUGUCAAUAUGGAGAUUCGUUUGCCCUACGGAGCCAAUCGACUCUCUGUCAAUGUAAAGAACAUGGAUGUUGAUGUGCAACCUUUUGUCAAAGACGUAGCUAAUGUCGAAAUCAAAACACGCAAUGGCAGAAUCAAUUUUGAGCGCUGGUCUGGAGAAUCAUUGAGACUGUCUACGACCAAUGGUGAAAUCAAAGCAGGUCGAUUGAUAUCGGAUGGCUCUGUUUACUUGGAAAACGACAAUGCCCUUGUACAACUUACAGAAGACAUCAAUGCCAAGAAGGUGAUCAGUAUACAAAACGCAAAUGGCGCUGUGGAAGCAAUGGGAUCCCUGCGUGCAGAUGACACGAUCAAGAUUGAAACAAGCAACACCUACAUCAAGCUCUCGCAACUGUUUGCUGAUCAUGUUACUGUUUCCAAUGCUAAUGGAUACACCGAUGUGGACUACAUUGAAGCCAAGAGCCAAGUCUUGGCUAAAUCGUCCAAUGGCCCAAUGUCACUUUCAGUUGGUGCAACAAAGAAUAAUCAAGUCAAAGUUAUCAAUUCGAACGCACGCAUUGAUUUGCAUAUGACUGAAGAGUUUGAAGGCUCGUUUGUCAUGACUGCAUCUGAUGGAUUUGUCAAUAUUGAAAACGAUGAUUCUAUUGACUACCAAGACAAAUCUGAUCAUCUCAAGCGUGGUACCCGAAGAAGUGGAGGAAAGGGCCAUCUUAUUGUCGAAACAAGCAACGAUGAUAUUAAUGUAGCAUUUGAUAUCAAAUAA